AUGCUCAAGAGUUCAUACUAUGAGAAAAUGUCCUUGAAAACAUUAUUUCUAACGCUCUUAGGGCUUGCUGUUACGGUCCAGUCGCUCCCUGGUGCUGGGCCUGCAGAUAAAAGGGCGUUGAAUGCCGCUGCGGAAAGGGGCGGAUUCAAACGAUUCACCUGGGUAACUGAUCGCCUCCGCGACGGCGACAGACUCGCGCGUGCCUCUGCCCCCUACUACAACGACAAUGACGCGGACCACAAGUUGACCGAGGAGUCGAUCAAGUUCCUACAGGAGCAAAAGAUAACUCACGUCAUUAGUCUCAACCACAAGGCUCACACUCCAGAGAUCUCCAACGCUCUUCGCUGGGCGGGCAUUGCCUACACGCCACUGCCUGUCGAGGACUACGGCAACCCAACGUCCAAGGACUUCCGCAAGGCCUACAAAGCCUUCGACAGGCACCGCACAGGAACGCUGGUCUGGUGCGGCUACGGACAUGGCCGAACCGGGACAAUGAUAUCAGCCCUGCAGGCGUACACCGAGGCGGAGAAGACAUUGCCUCAGCCACUCACACGUGCCGACUACGACGCAAACCACGUCGAGAAACCCGGGCAGCGAAACACGCUGAACCAGCUCCAGUGGGAUCUGGGGAUACUGUCGGAGCUGCCGCCCCUCGAGGCGUUUGGCGAGGAUGGCGAGCCGCCCGCCAAGAAGCCCCGUCUCGCCUCGGCGGCAGACGCAAUAUUCGGCCUCACCCCGUGGCAAACCUUUGACAGCCUCCUCGAAACUGAGGGCCCCGCCCCCGAGGAUCUGAUCUCGGACGCCGACUUGAGAAGCUUCUUCGACCAGAUGCUCACGGAAUAUCCGCCCAUCCCGUCGCCGCCACAGACGGACGUGUGCGUAGCAUCUCUUUCCGCCGACGAGCAGGCCAUCUGGGAGUCGCUUGAAGCAUACGGGCCGGUAGGCUCCAUGAGCGAAGCGCAAGUACAACAGGUCCUCAACGAAAUCAUGGUCGAGUACCCGGCAGCGGAAGCCAGUGUCACCGGUGGCAGCUGUGCCAACGGCGCGGGCGCCUUUGGUGACGCAGACCUGAUGGCCUUGCUAGACACGCUUCCCGUCGUUGCAGAGACGGAGCUCCUGGCCGCGGAUGCAGGGACGACUGCCGGCGUCGAGGCUGGUGUCGAAGCCUUGGGAGACGAAGAUAUCUUGGCUAUGUUGGAGGCUGCCCCCGCGGCUGUUGAGGAACCACUUCUGCUAGAGGCACUCGCUGAAGAGGCUGUAGGAUCGUCCUUGCUUGAGUCCCUUGUCAAGGCGGCAUUGGAACUUCACUUUGUGCCUCGUGCCUUGGGGAGCCUGUAG